GCGCCCCCACAGGCUGUACUCGGUACUACACCCACAACUCACUACAACAGUUUGGGAAAAGGAGAGGAGGGAGGUCUGGAGAGCGCUGAGCUACUAUCGCCUUGGCGGAGCAAAAUAACCCGAGUGUGUUUUGGUGGUCAAUAAAACAGCAGCCGUGCCCCGCCGCGCCCCCACCCCCAGCGGAGCCGUCAUGUGGCAGGAGGCCCGCAAACAUGAGCGCAAGCUCCGUGGCAUGAUGGUAGACUACAAACGCCGUGGCGAGCGCCGGCGAGAGUACUACGAGAAGAUAAAAAAAGAUCCAGCUCAGUUUCUUCAAGUUCACGGCCGGGCCUACAAGAUCCAUCUGGAUCCUGCUGUCACUCUGGCUGCAGAGAGCCCCAUCAACAUGAUGCCCUGGCAAGGAGAUGCCAACAACAUGAUUGAUAGAUUUGAUGUAAGAGCUCACCUGGACUAUAUCCCCACCUACACCCCUCCACUGCUCAACACUGUCACCCCAGAGCAGGAAUCGGAGGAAAGAAAAUGCAAUUAUGAGCGCUACAGAGGCUUAGUGCAAAAUGACUUCGCCAACAUCUCCGAGGAACAGUGUUUAUACCAGAUCUACCUGGACGAGCUCUAUGGUGGCCUGCAAAGACCAAAUGAGGAAGAGAAGAAAAAGUUGGCUGAGAAGAAGGCAACCAUUGGUUACACCUAUGAAGACAGCACGGUGACAGAGCCCGACCCCCCGUCUGAGAAAGAGGAUGACAAUUCUGAGAACAGUGAAUCAGAAGAGGAUGAGGGCAUUCCCGAUAUUGAUGUGGAGGUGGAUGUUGAUGAGCUCAACCAGGAGCAGGUGUUGGAGCUGAACAAAAUGGCAACCCCAUAUGGAAUGGCUGAAGGAGACUUUGUUAGGAUGUUGAGGAAAGACAAGGAGGAGGUGGAAGCCAUCAAACAUGCCAAGGCACUGGAGGCAGAGAAGGCCAUGUAUUCUGGCCGCCGUUCUCGCAGACAGAGGAGAGAGUUCAGAGAGAAGAGACUGAAAGGUAGACAGAUCAGCCCACCCAGCUAUGCCAGGAGAGACAGCCCAACAUACGACCCUUACAAAAGACCUGAGUCAGAAUCUAGCUCUGAGUCCCGAUCACGGUCUCGGUCCCCUGGUCCGGAGAAGAUCACCUUCAUCACCAGUUUCGGCGGCAGCGAUGACGAGGCUGCUGCAGCUACGCAGGCUGCUCCUCACUCUGGCCACGCCCCCUCCAACUCGCAGCACUCCGCAGGUCAUAGCAGGGGCUCCCGGAGACGAAGGUCCUCAUCAAGUCGCUCCCCCUCUUCCUCCUCCCGCUCCUCGUCUCGCUCGUCUUCUCGCUCUUCCUCCCGCUCACGCCACACCCGGCGGGGACGUGGAGGCAGGGAUGGACGGCGUUCCCGCACCCGUUCCCGAUCAAGACGGCGCUCCAACUCCCGCUCCCGGGGGAGAGGAGGGAAUGGAGGGUCCGGGUCAUGGAGGAGACGUGACCGGACGCGUUCUCGCUCCAAUGAACGAGACAGAGAGCGAGAAAGGGAGAGAGACAGGGACAGGGACAGGGACAGGAGACGCUACACAGCACGUAGGAGAACGAGGUCCCGUUCCAGCUCACGGCAGGGGGGCAGUUCGAGGCGAGGGGGUCGGAGCUCUGGAGGGCACCGGCGGGGCGACAGCAGCAGCCCCAGUCCCUCCCAGUCUCCCAGCCAUCCCAACCACAGCCCCUCCCCUGCACACAGAGGGACCCAGCCCUCUACCACUGCCCUCUCUGACAAGCUAAGAAAGCCUGAUACUGCGGGUGGUAAAGAGACGGGAGCUGCCAAACCCAAGAUGACCCCACAGGAGAGGCUGAAGCUACGCAUGCAGAAAGCGCUCAACAAGCAGUCAAAGGCGGAUAAGAAAGCAGCCCAGGUGAAGAUCCAGCAACAGGAGCACAAGAGACAGGAACGAGAGGGUGAACUACGAGCCAUGGCACGCAAGAUACGCAUGAAGGAGCGAGAGCGACGCGAGAAAGAGCGGGAUGAAUGGGAACGACAGUAUGGACGGCAGAGCCACUCACCCUCCCCAUCCAAAUAUGGUCGAGACUACAGCUCAUCUAGAAGGAGGUCACGGUCCCGAUCAAGGAGCCCGUACUACCGAUACUAAGCUGACCAGUGAAAAAUACGGACACAUCCUUAUAUCCCAAAGUCCUAACCCUCAUUAUUGGCAGACGCACUGUUCAACACAACGGAUAUUAUAAUAACUGGGAGAUGGACUGACUGUUGUUGGUUACUAAUCAUUUUACAAAACGAUCUGGACAUGUAUAUUCUGUGGAUCUGUAUCUGUACAUUGGGGUAUCACAUUGUGAUUGUGAUACUUGAUUUCACAAUAAUGACAUGCAGUAAGUAGACGGUCAAUCGAACCAAAAUGAAUUCAAGCAGUCUUUUCCAUUUCUGUGAAGAUAGGGUAUCAAAUAGGUUUCUACACCUCAGAUCUUUUUGUUUUUCUCUGGCUGUCAGAUCCAAAACGGUUCUGCGCAGUGUAGACUCAUUUGGAGACAUACAUAUGUUUGUAUUUCAAGGUGUAUAUUUAACAAAACAGCCUUUUACCUUACAUCUUGCUCAUCUCCUUUAUGCUCUUCAGCCCCUUUACGUUUCUCUACAGUAAGCCACUCUACUGUCCACUUUAAACAGGUCAACAUCUGGUGUACCGUUUAUUUCCAGACAUCCAUCUGAACUUAGCAAAACUGAUGAAGAAUGAAUUCAUGUCGAUGCAAAUCAAUGCUCGUUUGUCUUUUUAUACUUUACCCUCCGCCAGUCAUUAAACUGACGUAACUAUUUUUGCUCAGAAUUAAUGUGGAAUCUAAAAUGCAAAAUUCCAAAUAAAAUGGAUAUUGAGUUAA